UAAUCUGAGUAGUCUCCCACCAUGUGUUAUGUUAUAAUAACCGGUCGAAGUUUGGUAUGGCUGUUACUAAGUUUAGUUGCAUUUAUGUUCAUUAUAACUGGUAUUAUGACUCCGAAAUGGUUGUUAGGGCAACCUAUAGUGAUUAACGAGAAUAAUAAGACGAGUUUUUAUACCCCUAGCGUUGGAAUUUACAAUCGGUGUAUAAGAAUGGAGAAAGACCACAACAACUGCGGUUCCUUCUCUUUCUAUGGCUUGGCUACUGAUUCUGCUGUUUACCCUACACCGUGGAAAGCAGCUAUGUUCUUCUUGUCCUUAUGUUCAGCCAUCCAGUUUAUGACAGUGGUAGCGGGCAUAAUGGCGUGUUGUGUGCAAUCUGUUUUCAAGAAGAGCGUGAUAUCUUUAGCUGGAGCUACACAGGCGUUGGGAGGUCUAUUUGGAGUCCUAGGUCUACUUUUGUAUCCGUGGGGCUGGGGUGCUACCAGAGUGAAACGAAUGUGCGGAGAUUACUCCGAACCUUAUAUACCUGGUGAUUGUUCUAUAGGUAUGUCAUUAUACCCCGACCCUGCGAGGGCAGAGCCGGGGCUAUGUGGGACUGGGUUAAACCCUGAAGGGGAGCCCGACCGCACCAAACCCCCUGGGUGUUCCUCCAUUCCGUUGCAAGUAGAGGCACGGGUACGCUAUCGCUCGUCCGCGCCACCACCAGCGGCUGGCCGUGCCCAGCGCUGCCCCUCCCCGAGAAGGGGGACACAACGGUCCCCCGACUUCAAAUUGGACGCUCCCCCAGUCUCCGCGGCGGAUGUGUUGGUAGGCUCCGCCGCAACACCUUACGCGCAUCCACGUGGACUCUCCGUAGUCUCCGAGUCCUUUGGAGCGCCCACCGCACCGACCAAUCGCCCAAAUUCGGCCGCGCAGGACAGUACGAGCGGCAACGACACACCGACACGUCUCUGCCCCCGCGGCCCCACCGCCACUGCAUCUGCACCCUAA